GUCACGUGGCAUGGAGGUGGGCGGGGCACUGAAAGGUGUUCACGGCGGCGGCCGAGUACGCGGCUUUGGGUCGCGCCCCGCGGCCCGCCACCCUGCUGACCCCCCGCCUUUCUCCUAAAUCUCUCUCGCACUGGGGCGGUCCCGUCCGCGCUCGCUCGUCGGUUUGCGGGUGUGCGCAGGCGCGGCGGGGGAGAUUAGCUCUGUUGGGUGGGCGGCGGAGCCCGAGAGCGCGCGGGCGAGACCAUGGCGGGCAGCGGCGCGGGGGGCGGUAGUGUCGGGGAGACGAAGGUGAUUUACCACCUGGAUGAAGAAGAGACUCCCUACCUGGUGAAGAUCCCCGUCCCCGCCGAGCGCAUCACCCUCGGCGAUUUUAAAAGCGUACUGCAGCGGCCCGCGGGUGCUAAAUACUUUUUCAAGUCUAUGGAUCAGGAUUUCGGGGUGGUGAAGGAAGAAAUUUCAGAUGACAAUGCUCGCCUUCCCUGCUUCAAUGGAAGGGUGGUCUCCUGGCUUGUGUCAUCAGAUAACACCCAACCUGAGAUGACUCCCCCAGCCCAGGAGCCUCGGACAGAACUGGCACCUCCACCCCCACCAUUACCCCCUUUGCCACCGGAAAGGACCAGUGGCAUUGGGGACUCCAGGCCUCCAUCCUUCCACCCUAAUGUGUCCAGCAGCCGGGAAAAUCUUGAGCCUGAGACGGAAACAGAGUCAGUAGUGUCUCUGAGGCGGGAGCGGCCUCGCAGGAGAGACAGCAGUGAGCAUGGCGCUGGGGGCCACAGACCCAGCGGCCCCUCCAGGCUGGAGCGCCACCUGGCUGGGUACGAGAGCUCCUCAACCCUCAUGACCAGUGAGCUGGAGAGCACCAGCCUGGGGGACUCAGAUGAGGAUGACACCAUGAGCAGGUUCAGCAGCUCCACAGAGCAGAGCAGUGCCUCUCGCCUCCUCAAACGCCACCGGCGGCGGAGGAAACAGCGGCCACCCCGUCUGGAGAGGACCUCGUCCUUCAGCAGCGUCACCGACUCCACCAUGUCUCUCAACAUCAUCACAGUUACACUCAACAUGGAGAAGUACAACUUCCUGGGCAUCUCCAUUGUGGGCCAAAGCAAUGAGCGGGGAGACGGGGGCAUCUACAUCGGCUCCAUCAUGAAGGGUGGGGCCGUGGCAGCCGACGGGCGCAUCGAGCCAGGGGACAUGCUUUUGCAGGUGAAUGACAUGAACUUUGAGAACAUGAGCAACGACGAUGCGGUCCGGGUGCUGAGAGACAUUGUGCACAAGCCAGGCCCCAUCGUGCUGACUGUGGCCAAGUGCUGGGAUCCCUCUCCCCAGGCCUAUUUCACUCUCCCCCGAAAUGAGCCCAUCCAGCCAAUUGACCCCGCUGCCUGGGUCUCCCACUCCGCUGCCCUGACUGGCACCUUCCCAGCCUAUCCAGGUUCCUCUUCCAUGAGCACCAUUACAUCUGGGUCCUCUUUGCCUGAUGGCUGUGAGGGCCGGGGUCUCUCCAUCCAUACAGACAUGGCAUCUGUGACCAAGGCCAUGGCAGCUCCAGAGUCUGGACUAGAAGUUCGGGACCGCAUGUGGCUCAAGAUCACCAUCCCUAAUGCCUUCCUGGGAUCGGACGUGGUAGACUGGCUCUACCAUCACGUGGAGGGCUUUCCUGAGCGGCGGGAGGCCCGCAAGUAUGCCAGCGGACUGCUCAAGGCGGGCCUUAUCCGACACACCGUAAACAAGAUCACCUUCUCUGAACAGUGUUAUUAUGUCUUUGGAGACCUCAGUGGCGGCUGUGAGAGUUACCUAGUCAACCUGUCUCUGAAUGAUAAUGAUGGCUCCAGUGGGGCUUCGGAUCAGGACACCUUGGCUCCUCUGCCUGGGGCCACCCCUUGGCCUCUGCUUCCCACCUUCUCCUACCAGUACCCAGCCCCGCAUCCAUACAGCCCCCAGCCCCCACCCUACCAUGAGCUCUCGUCCUACACCUAUGGUGGAGGCAGUGCCAGCAGCCAGCACAGUGAAGGGAGCCGGAGCAGUGGGUCCACGCGAAGCGAUGGGGGGGCAGGGCGCACAGGGAGGCCUGAGGAGCGGGCCCCUGAGUCCAAGUCCGGCAGUGGCAGUGAGUCUGAGCCCUCCAGCCGGGGGGGCAGCCUUCGGCGGGGUGGGGAAUCUGGUGGCACUGGUGAUGGGGGCCCUCCCCCCUCCAGGAGCUCCUCAGGCGGUGCUCCCAAUCUCCGAGCCCACCCAGGGCUCCAUCCCUAUGGACCACCCCCUGGUAUGGCCCUCCCGUAUAACCCCAUGAUGGUGGUCAUGAUGCCCCCACCUCCCCCACCAGUCCCUCCAGCAGUGCAGCCCCCAGGGGCUCCUCCAGUCAGAGACCUGGGCUCAGUGCCCCCAGAGCUGACAGCCAGCCGCCAAAGCUUCCACAUGGCCAUGGGCAACCCCAGUGAGUUCUUUGUGGAUGUUAUGUAGAGCCCACUGGGGCCAUGCUGGGUCUCUACCCUGGGCCUGUCCAGUCAAUGCUUGGUGCUCCUGUCCUGUGAUUGGGUGUUUUGUCACUCACAUGCUUAUUACUCCUCCAGUGGUGCCUGGGCUCAGCCUGUCCUGUGGGCUGCUGCCUGCUGUGAGAUUGUUGCCACUGUGACACUUACCAGCAGUGCCUGGUUCCUCCCCCUCCCCUCGGGGGUGUACAAGGGACCUUUGGUUAUUUUUAGCUUUAUUGUUUUUUGUAAGCCUUUUGGGGGGGUUAAAAUAGACUUUCCUACAUUUUUUGGACUAUUUUUUUAGUAGGCAUUUCCUCUUUUAUAUGAAGAAUCCCCGUGUCCUGGGCCCUUCUCUUAACCCCAAAAUGUGACCUCCUACUCCAUUCACCCAGUCAGCUCUGUCUGCUACCCUGGGAGGAGGGGGGUUGGUCACCCUUGACAGCAGUCAAUGCUGGGGUAUUUGGUAUUUGGGGGCCGUGUAGCUGCUUUUGUUACUCUAUUUAUUUUAGUCACUUAUAUAAAACACCAAAUAAAGCAAUAGGGGCAAACUC